CCCACCUCUCGCUCCACUACGCUCAGAGCUCACCAGCUUCGUCAGGACAUUAGUGUCUUGAUCACACCCCGAAUCGACUGUGAUGCCUUCCAUGCGACACCCAUAUGCCAACACACGGUAUCUCAGCCAGUCGCUCUCGACGGAUGCCCUAGACAGUUGGCUGCAGCUCACGCCAGAUACGGAGGCCGCGCCGGAACAGCUGCGGGCGAUGCCUCAGCUGCAUCGUACAGGCUCGAGCUAUAUGUCUGCACCGUCGGACAGGUCCUCGGAUGGGUUGCCCCGCGUUGACGUCUGCAUGUCGUCAUUCGCCUCUGAGAGUUCUGGACAUUUCGUGAAGCAUUCGAGCAGUGCGACGCUAUUAUUGAGCGGUCAGGAGGAUGGCAGGUCUGAGGCAGAGUAUACGAAUGGCGCAACCAUCGAGGGUAUCCUUGCGGUCCCCAGACCGUCAGGCCUGCUCUCUCUGCAGGUUAGGGUCGAAGGCAGUAUGAAGUUGCAAGAGACGGCGGGGAGCGGUUCGUCUGCGUUGCAGAUUAUUAACGAUCUAGCAUUCGAGUGGGAUGCGGAACACAACGCUACAUUCCCGAGCAAGGUCACCUUCCGGUACACUCUACCCACCCAUUACUCGCACGACUUGACGGGGGAACGCUUUCGUCUACCACCGAGCUAUCGUGCGCAUCUCAGCGGGGUACCAGGGCUCAGAGUGGAUAUCUCAUACGCCGUGGCGGUGUACAUCACGCGAAAUCGGAGUAAGGCAAAUUGGUGGCGGAAGAGUACCAGCCUCCGCGUGCCGUUCACAUACAGAGAACUGUCUCGUCCGACGCUCGCCGGCCCCUUCGUCGCCAAUCUGACGAAGACCCCGACGAUACCCCGCACGGUCUUCCGAUAUACAGCUGAAUCACGUCGGAACAGCUGGGAUGAUAUUAAAGUCGAGCUGUAUCUGCCGCACUCACAGAUAUGUUCGAUGUGUGACUUGAUUCCCUUCUCCGUCACAUUCUUCGCACCCGAAGAGGUCUUGUGCAGGUACACCACCUUCCGUCCGUCCCCCGAAUCAUUCCAUCCGUUGGCUUCGCCUGUUGCUGAUUCGGCCAACUAUGUACCGGGUCAGUUGUUCAGCUGCUUUAUGCCCUGCCCAUCACCCGUCCGCCUGCAACUCCUUCGGCGGACAACGGUCGACGUGCUCGCGGCUGGUGUGUACGCAGCACCUAAGGAACGCACGGACAUAACGACUACCAAGGUCCUCGCGAGCGGCAUCGUGUACAGCGCAAGCAGAGGCAUGAACUCCGCCGUGUGGUCCGGACACGUCAUAGUCCCCAACAAAGUCGGCUGCGGCGGGUUUGUGGCGAAGGGGAUCAGGGUGACGGACUGUUUGGUGCUGACUCUCGCACACCCGAGCUCCCUGCGCAACGAGUAUGCAGAGUUCUACCAGAGCGUACCCAUUCGCUUGACUACGCAGACAUACGACCGCAGUGACGGAGUUCUCACUAUUUCGGAUUGGUCGACUCUGUAGGAACGGCAAAUGAAAUCUUGCACCUGAACGUUGCGGAUGACGACUCUGUAUGGACAUCGUAAACCAUCAGCCUAUGGACCUUUAAAAGCUUCAAAACUGUACCUGUAUCCGCAGCAUCGAUCAACUCGCCACGGCGCUGAGAUUCCUCUUGAACUUAUGAGCUACCUACGGCUGUUACAAAGUGUUUGUAAAUGUAAUACGCGAAGAUCGCG